CAGUUUUCUGGUGGUGUGGAUGCGCUGCUCUUCUUCUGUCCUUCUCCUCUCCAUAUAACCCGCAUUGUUUAGGAUCAGCUGUGUGUCCGAAACCCCACCCAAGCAAGGGCAAAGAUACCGAGAGAGAGAAAGCGUUUGAUUCGGAACCCACCCGCAGUGGACCGAGCUGUCUGUCGCUUUUCUUCUUCUUCUUCUUCUUCUUCUUCUUCUUUUUCUUUUUCCCUCCGUUACAGCCGGAAGGUUUCAUCCCUCCAUCUUCCCUUCACCUUUCCUCUUUCCUCCAUCCUCCGGGCCGGAGUCAGCUGAUCGAUACACACACACAAACACACACACACACACACACAUACCACCGCCUUCAUCAUCAUCAUCUUCAUCUAGGUCCAGGUCCAGAUCCAGGAUGAUCGCGUUAUUUAACAAACUCCUGGACUGGUUUAAAGCUCUGUUCUGGAAGGAGGAGAUGGAGCUGACGCUGGUGGGCCUGCAGUACUCCGGGAAGACCACAUUCGUCAACGUGAUCGCGUCAGGACAAUUCAGCGAGGACAUGAUCCCCACUGUUGGUUUCAACAUGCGUAAGAUCACUAAAGGAAACGUCACCAUUAAGCUGUGGGAUAUUGGAGGGCAGCCGAGGUUCCGUAGUAUGUGGGAGAGAUACUGCAGGGGGGUCAGUGCCAUCGUGUACAUGGUGGAUGCUGCAGAUCCGGAGAAAAUUGAGGCAUCUAAAAACGAGCUGCACAACCUGUUAGACAAACCGCAGCUUCAGGGUAUUCCUGUUCUUGUGUUGGGCAAUAAGAGGGAUCUGCAUGGGGCGUUGGAUGAGAAGGAGCUGAUCGAGAGGAUGAACCUGUCUGCCAUUCAGGACCGGGAGAUCUGCUGCUACUCCAUAUCAUGUAAGGAGAAGGACAACAUUGAUAUCACACUACAGUGGCUGAUUCAGCACUCCAGAACCAGACGGAGCUGAGAGGUGGAACUUCCGAUUUGAGAAACAGUAUCAUGUGACCACCCGUAU